AUGAACAUAACACAAGCAGGUGAUCCAAUUGUUGGUAUUUGUAAUAAAAGAGCUGGUGGAUCUAUCGGUGGAUCUGGCCUGAAUUAUCCUACCACUGAAAAUCCAUCAGAUGCCAUUGAUGGUUCAUUAACAACAAAAUACCUCAAUUUUGGAGAUUCAUCAUCCGGUUGUUCUGGUGCAAGUCCUCCCGGAAUAGAUACUGGAUUUUAUGUUACACCGACUAUAAGUAAUGCCUCUGUUGCUGUUGGUAUUCUUUUUGCGACCGGCAAUGAUGAUGCUAAUCGUGAUCCAAUAACAGUAACUCUAGAAGGAACAAAUGUAACAAGUACUACGAAUCUUAAUUCUGGAACAAGUUGGACAUUGAUUUACAACGGUUCAACAGGUAUUAGUGCAUCAACUGAUCCUGGUCGUUCAACAUAUGUUUCUGAACAACAUUUCUCAAAUACGAUUGCCUUUAGAAGUUACCGACUUCUUGUUACUUCAAAACGUGGUAGUGCAAAUUCAGUUCAAUAUGCCGAAGCUCAUAUAAUUGGAUAUAUUUAA